GUAUAAUUUGAAAGCCUCCUCCAUUGCUGCGGUCCUACUGGAAAAUAUUCCAAGCUCGCUUCUACUUUUACGCAAACAGCAAGAAUAUGCUGUGUAAAUUUAUCAUCUUACAUUAGCAGACGUCUAUGUAGCCAAAAAAAAAGCCGCGAAGCCGCAACGACCUAUUCAGAGCUUGUUUUACACUCUACUACUAAAGAGUUAUUAAGUUCUCUUUAGAAGCCUUCUGGUCUGCUCAAGCCCAACUCAAGUAACUACUUCUCCAACUCAUGUACGUUCGUUUCAAGUUAAUCCGCCUUAGACAUCAAUCUGCAUCAAUCACGCAACGUCAACAAAUCAACAUGCAGCACUCGUACCGGGUUCUUCACACUUGGAUAUGGGAACUCCUGUCGGUUGCUCUUGCAAUUGGGCUUCUAAUCGCUAUUGCCGCUUUACUAGCAUUGCACGAUGGGAAGCCAGCACCCGACUGGGGUGCUCACAUAAACCUAAACGCCCUGCUCGCUUUUCUCUCCACAAUCCUCCGGGCUAUGCUUGUCGUUGUCGUCUCUCAAGUUAUAUCUCAGCGGAAGUGGGACUGGUACAGCAGAGGGCGUGCUCGCCCUCUGUCCGACUUCCAACAAUUCGACUCCGGUAGCCGCGGGAGUCUUGGUGCCCUGCUACUAAUACCAACUAUUUUGUGGAAAGACCUAGUGGCUCUCAUCGCCUCAGUCGUUUUACUGGCCUCAUUUCUUGUUGGCCCAUUUGUUCAGCAAGCCAGCCGUACGAUGGAGUGCUCGUUUGCCGUACCGGGUCUGAACGCGUCACUUCCUUCUGCUCAUUUUGUUCCACGUCGGGGCUAUUUUACCCCUGACAGCAGCUACAACUUUGGCAAACCUGAACUAGGCCAUAUGAUGAUGGUCAUAUCUGCUACGACAGAAGCGGAUAGUGUCCAGAACAAGAUGAGCGCCAGCUGCUCAACUGGAAACUUCGGCAUGUGUAGUGAAUGUGUAGACGUCUCACCCCUCGUUUCAAUCAACGAAGACGGCGAUAAAACUUUACCGAACGGCUUUAAUCUCUCAAGCUAUGAGGGCGAUGCUGGGUCGAAAAUAUCUCUCAUAAAACCAACCCCCGACCUUGCUUGGAUGGGAGACUUCCUGACCCCGCAACAUAGAGCCUUAUCUCGGUGGGCUUAUAUCAAUAUCACCUACCUCAAAUCCAAUAUCAGUUCGACAGCAGCAGUUUGUAGUUUAUAUCCAUGCCUACGGACGUACACUGCUUCUGUUACCAACGGUCAACUCUCGGAGAAACAAAUUCGGUCAGACUCCAUGCAGGCGGCACCUCUGUUCGAUACAGUGGGCAGCCUACCACCAAUUUCAAACAGCCUGACCAACCAAGAUCUCGUUUAUACUACGGUCAAGUCCCCAUGUCGGGUGGAUGGACACGUAUACGACAUAUUGAACAUGUCUUCCCAUCCUGAUACGACUGAUUUAGUUCUUUACGACUUCACUGACAAUGGCGGACCUUCACCCUACCGGUACACUUUCAAGAACAUCAGGGCCCCAGAACAUUGCAUCUAUCGUCAACAUCCGACAUUUGUAAUAGCAAUCUCCACAAUACUCAAUUCUGAGAUAUUUGAUGGAUAUUGCCAAUGGUACAAGGGUACUACAUGCCGCAAAAUCCUGGGAAGUGGAAAACUUGAAAACCUGGGGGCAGAAGCGGUAUUACAGGCGUUCCAAAAACCAGAAGAAUUGCAAUUCUCCGACAUCACUCGCUGGUUCACAUCGUUUGCAGACGCCAUGACCAACAGAUAUCGUUUCGAUUACGGAACCACAAACGAUGAUUGGCGAAGUUACAACAUUAAAGACAAAGAUAUGCGCAAGGGAGAGAUUCGAGGCCUGGCAUGGCAGACAACAGUUUGUGUUUCCAUGCAAAGGGAAUGGCUGCUAUUGCCUCUCUGCCUCACGCUGGUCAUAGCUGUUUUGUGUUUCUGGACGAUUGCUACAGAUUGGCGGUACCGUCACAGCAGGCCUGUCUGGAAGGAAAGUAUUCUACCGCUGAUCUUCUACGGCUAUAAGAUCAAAUCUCAAGGCUCCGGGCUUUUGCAACGCCAGCCUCCCGAAGAUAACCUGGGUGAAGACCAUGCGGGCCUUAUGGAGCGAGAGAGUAGCCUGCUGGAAGCAAGUGAGUUGAAGACUAUCAGUAGUCAGAUUCUAGUCAGAUUCCCAUUGCCAGAUAGUAUAGAGAUGUUAGAGGCGCGGCAGCCACGGGGUAAUUAG